AUGUGCCUUCUUUGUUCACUCCUCCAACGUGUCAUUCAUCCCCCCGCCGAAGUAAGGGCCAUUCGCGAGGCCCUACCCGAGAUUUGCAAGGUUGUCUUGGUCCAUUUUUUGGAGCCUUCUUUUUGUCGAGACACUAAGUUGUCUUCGCCACCAGACACGGAGCCGUGCAGGUGGCAGAUUGACGUAGUCAGUUUGAAAAGACCAGACGUGCAUCUAAUUGGUCGUGAGGAACCAGAAAAGUAUACUCCUCGCGAAGUGUCGCUCCUGCGAGAACUCGAUGGGUGCAACUCUUCCGAGAGUUGCAAGAAUGAGUCUCUGCCAUGUGCGUACGGGAUUGAAGAUCCUUCGGAUGCAUUCUGGCUAAGAAAAUAUGACCGAGAAAGCAAGUUUGUUGUUAUGUUUCAAAUCGCAUUCGCGUCGCUUUUGUUCUUCUUGGUUUCUAUUAUUUCAGAAGGAUCAAUUUAUUACCCACAUGCCCCGGGAAGUUUUUCGCUUCUUUCCGCAGCGACGUUUUCUAUCAUUGCUUUGUCUGCUCUUUUGUAUCUCAUCAUUGUUCCAAGGGAAUAUCAGCUAUCGCUAUACGGUCAGGGACUUUGGCAAUCAUUCGGAUAUUGUUGCAUCAUCCUCACGGUAGCAGCUGCGCUUCCCUUUCUCACUGUCGUUUGGAUUAGCUUCUGCCUCUUCGCAAUUUACUUUCUUGGCUUUUUUGUCGAGCAACUGCUGUGUAUGAUAGGUGGUACGCUCUACUAUUUGGGUGCCCUCUUUGCGUAUCAGGCUGAACACACGCUUUACGAGUUGCGUCUCAUGUACGGUGGUGGUAACCAAGACCAGGCCGAAAUUGACCGCCAAGUACUACAGAUGAGUGAAACAUUUUUACGUAGAGUCCGAGGAAACGUGUUCCUUUACAGAAUUCCAGAAGCGCUGGAACAAGAUGGCAUUCAAGUAGUCGGGAAUACAUUACCAGAACAUCUAUUCGACGAGAUGGUACAGGAAAAUGUCCCUCAGAUUGAUUUUGAAGGUCUUGAUGAUAGCCCAGACGAGAAUGCUCCGUCGUCGACCCCCACAGUCACGACUCCCUUGUUGCAGCAGAAUCAAGGUUCGGUGCCAUGACGAGAAACAGAGCUGUCCACAACAUGAAAUACUGCACGGCUGACUGGGCGCUCCGAGUGAAAGCGACACCUUAAGGCACAAGAUACUGGAUUAUAUUCAAUGGACAGAACUGCAGUUCCUGUUACACGACCGCUCUUGACUGGAUCUCACCAUUUGUGUAGCGGUUGGUAAACCUCGAGCACGCGAUGCCAUCCAAACUGUACUAUCGAACACAUUCUGCUAGGUAUUUCUAGGUCGGCGCGUUUCAGCGGUCGGGAAAGGAGCUAAACUGGCCGCUUAAAUGAGGAAUUCUGCCUGAUCAAGCCACAGCAAUUGCUAAACGACGUCUCUU